AUGGCUGCUUUGGCGUGUGAUGUUUUUGUCUACUUCGCCAUGAAGAUAACAAGGUUUGAAGCGUGGGUUUUGGAGGCGCUGAAACAGCAGGGUAAAGAUUUUGCCAAGAGGAGUGAUAAGUCAAAGCUAUCAUUGCCGUUGAGGAAUGGAGCGGCUGUGUUAUGA